AUGGAUAAAGGCGACAUUGAAGAAGCCGGCAGUAAUGGCGAAGAGGAAUUCGGGUCAGGAACGCGUCUCGGUGGAAGACAAUACAGGCCGGUAGUGGCGCACGAUAGGGCGGUUGUCGAAAUGUCCUCCAUCGAUCCUGGAUCUCCCUCCUCUUCCACCCUCAAGAACAUAAAAGUAGUUGUACCGGGAGAGGUGGGCUCUGGUGCGAGGGAGGGGCCAAGACCACAAGAUGGAGUCAAUGGCCAUCAGAAGGAAUCCAAGCUGGAAUUAUUUGGUUUCGAUUCUCUUGUGAACAUUCUUGGCUUGAAGAGUAUGACAGGGGAGCAAAUUGCGGCACCAUCUAGCCCUAGAGAUGGGGAGGAUAUCUCCAUCACGCAAGGGCACCCAAAGCCUGCUGCUCUCAAGAUGGGUACAAUGAUGGGAGUUUUCGUUCCCUGUUUGCAAAACAUAUUAGGAAUUAUAUACUAUAUCCGUUUCACAUGGAUUGUUGGCAUGGCUGGUAUCGGACAAGGCCUAGUAUUGGUAUUGCUCUGUGGCAUAUGUACAUUCUUGACGACAAUAUCGUUGAGUGCUAUUGCAACAAAUGGCGCAAUGAAAGGUGGAGGACCAUAUUACCUUAUUGGUCGCGCUCUUGGUCCAGAGGUUGGGAUAAGCAUAGGUUUAUGCUUCUUCCUUGGCAAUGCAGUUGCUGGAGCUCUGUACGUUUUGGGUGCUGUGGAGACUUUUCUAAAAGCGUUCCCGGCUGCUGGAAUUUUUAGAGAGACUAUCACAAAGGUUAAUGGAACAGCAGUUGCCGAAUCAAUAGGAAGUCCAAACUCACAUGACUUGCAGAUUUAUGGAAUUGUUGUGACGAUUCUUCUAUGCUUCAUUGUGUUUGGCGGUGUGAAGAUGAUCAAUCGGGUUGCACCUGCUUUCCUUGUACCCGUUUUGCUCUCCAUUUUCUGCAUAUUCAUCGGGAUAUUUUUGGCAAAGACAGAUGAUCCUGACACUGGAAUUACGGGCUUGCGUUUAAAAAGUUUUAAAGAUAACUGGGGUUCUGCUUAUCAGAUGACAAAUAAUGCGGGAAUUCCUGAUCCAACGGGAGGCACGUAUUGGAGUUUCAAUGAGUUGGUGGGUCUAUUUUUCCCUGCCGUAACAGGAAUUAUGGCUGGUUCAAAUCGAUCAGCCUCACUGAAAGAUACACAAAAAUCAAUUCCUAUUGGAACGUUGGCUGCCACUCUGACUACAACCGUACUGUAUUUGAUCUCUGUGUUGUUUUUUGGAGCUGUUGCGACCCGUAACAAACUUUUGACUGAUAGGCUACUUACUGCUACGAUUGCUUGGCCUUUCCCUGCCAUUGUUCACGUUGGAAUCAUCCUUUCAACCUUAGGGGCUGCUCUCCAGAGUUUGACAGGGGCCCCACGGUUACUUGCAGCUAUAGCAAAUGAUGAUAUUCUCCCCAUCCUGAAUUAUUUUAAAGUUGCAGAUACAAGUGAACCUCACAUAGCGACGCUUUUCACAGCAUUUAUCUGCAUCGGAUGUGUUGUUAUUGGAAAUCUGGAUCUUAUCACACCGACAGUGACUAUGUUUUAUCUUUUAUGCUAUUCGGGGGUAAACUUGUCUUGUUUCCUGCUCGAUCUUCUUGAUGCUCCAAGUUGGCGUCCACGGUGGAAAUAUCAUCAUUGGAGCCUUUCCUUUGUUGGAGCCUCACUUUGCAUAGUGAUCAUGUUCUUGAUUUCUUGGUCAUUCACUGUGGUUGCCAUUGCUCUUGCAAGUCUUAUAUACAAAUACGUUGGACUAAAAGGAAAGGCCGGGGACUGGGGAGAUGGUUUCAAGAGUGCAUAUUUUCAGUUGGCCCUUCGAAGUCUCAGGUCACUCGGAGCGAAUCAAGUGCACCCCAAGAAUUGGUAUCCAAUUCCUCUUGUUUUCUGCAGACCGUGGGGACAGCUCCCAGAAAAUGUUCCGUGCCACCCUAAGCUGGCUGAUUUUGCCAACUGCAUGAAGAAAAAAGGUCGUGGAAUGUCGAUCUUUGUCUCAAUAUUAGAUGGUGACUACUAUGAAUGUGCUGAAGAAGCAAAGGAAGCCUGCAAACAACUAGCCACCUACAUUGAGUACAAGCGUUGUGAAGGUGUAGCUGAAAUCGUUGUAGCCCCAAACAUGACCGAAGGGUUCCGUGGGAUCAUCCAGACGAUGGGACUCGGAAAUCUCAAACCAAACAUCGUGGUAAUGCGGUACCCUGAGAUCUGGCGCCGGGAAAACCUAACAGAGAUUCCAUCCACGUUUGUUGGGAUAAUCAACGACUGCAUAACAGCAAACAAAGCAGUUGUCAUCAUCAAGGGCUUAGACGAAUGGCCAAACGAGUAUCAGAGACAGUACGGAACGAUUGACUUGUACUGGAUUGUGAGAGACGGUGGUCUCAUGCUUCUUCUCUCACAGCUUCUUCUGACUAAAGAAAGCUUCGAGAGCUGCAAAAUCCAACUCUUCUGCAUAGCUGAAGAGGAUUCAGACGCGGAAGCACUCAAAGCCGACGUGAAGAAGUUCCUCUACGAUCUGAGAAUGCAAGCGGAAGUGAUCGUGGUGACGAUGAAAUCAUGGGACAUAAGAUCGGAAGGAAACAGCCAAGAAGAUUCGUUGGAAGCUUUCGAUGCUGCACAGAGACGGAUCUCGGAUUACUUGGGAGAGAUCAAGAGACAAGGUUCGAAUCCAUUGUUGCCUAACGGGAAACCGAUGGUGGUGAACGAGCAACAAGUGGAGAAGUUUCUAUACACUAUGUUGAAACUGAACUCGACCAUACUGAAUUACUCGAGGAUGGCCGCGGUGGUUCUGGUUAGUCUCCCGCCGCCUCCGUUGAACCACCCGGCGUAUUUCUACAUGGAGUAUAUGGAUUUGCUGGUGGAGAACGUGCCGAGGAUGUUGAUUGUGAGAGGGUAUCACAGAGAUGUUGUUACUCUGUUUACAUAG